UUGUUUAAUCUCAUGGGGGGUGUGGUUUAAGGGUUAUAAUAAGGUUACGUCAUGAAAGGAGACGUGAUCACGUUGGGCAAUGGUACAAAUGAGUCAGAUAACAGGAACUCACUGAACAUUUCGUUUCUUCUUGUCACGUUAUCUCUGACAGACAGCACUCUGUCGCCGAGCCUCUGCCCUCUGCGGACGUACAAAGUGUGAACUCCUUUAGUUUAAAUGCUGCGGUCAACCGGGGAGGGCACGUUCAGGAAGUCGGUCACAAAGCGAAGAAUGUGAAAAGCGAAAGGAUGUGCUCCACGGAAAACAACCCAGAGCUGCAGCCGACAUCGUCCGACCCGGCUCUUCUCCUGGAGCUGAAGACCAGGCGACCUCCGUCCUUGGUGGAGAGAGCUGGACGUGAAACCUGGAGUGUUGACUUCUCUCCGGAUGGAGCUUGGUUCGCCUGGUCCAUGGGACACGGGAUCGUCUGGGUCGUCGCCUGGCCUCUCGACUCCGAAGAAAGUCAAAAUGGAGAGACUGACAGAGGAGACAAAAGCUUCAGUUGUGGUCACCCAGUGUGGGGGCUCGCCUUCGGGCCCAGACCUCCAAAAUCAAAUGCAACAGCGUGUCCGGCUAAAGCACGAUCAGAAGGGAAAAACAGCCUGCUUCUGGCCACGGGCUUGGAGAACGGGGUGAUCAAAAUCUGGAACGUUUUAACAGGCAGUGCUGUUUUUGAUCUCCACGGCCACGAAGGGGUUGUAAGGGACCUGGUAUUUCCUCAGAAUGGGACGCUCACACUCAUAUCAUCCUCUCGGGACAAAACUUUGAGGAUAUGGGACCUGGCUCAUAAAGGGAAAAAGGUGCAGGUGCUUUAUGGCCAUAAAGACUGGAUUAGUUCCUGCUGCGUAUCAUCUGACUGUAGCAUGAUUGCAUCUGUCGGGAGAUUUGACAGGAUGGUGUGUCUGUGGAGUCUACGUUCAUAUACAUUCAUCAGGAACCUGACAGGAGGGGCCCACAAGACCGUGUACCUCCUGUCUUCUUGUGACUUCUCUCCUGACGGGGCAAUUCUCGCCACUGCAGCCUUCAGCGGCUCCAGUUGGUGGAUCGACCUCUGGGACCCAUACACAGCAGAGAAACUGGCCACUCUGGCUGACUACUUUGAAGAUUAUGGGCAAAACCAAAUAUCAGCAAUACAGUUCUCUCCAAACGGUCUGCACUUGACACUUGUGACAGACGACAGAGCUCUUAGGAUUUGGGAGCUGGGGGAGAAAGGGAUGGUGAUGGAGACGAAAAGAGACAGAGACUCUAAUGGACUGUGUUGCAAGUACCAUCCACAAGGGGGAGUUGUUGCUACGGGAACCAGAGAUGGCCACGUGAGGUUCUGGAGGGCACCCAGUGCGGUGCCCAGCUUGUGCCACCUGUGUCGAUCUAUCCUGCGCCACUCUAUCUCCACGCACCAGAUUGAGGCGCUGCCCCUCCCCAAGAGGAUCCUCGAAUACCUCACAUACAAAAACAUCCCCGAACGCCUCAAGUCCUGCUGCUCCUCAGAUGAAGAGGAGUGGGAAAGUUAAAUAGGAACUUUAAAAAUAAAUAACUGACAUUUUCAGCGAUUAACUAUGA